CUUGGCAGAGUCAAUCCAAUCGUACCGGCAGCACGGAGAGUACCUACCCAGCUGUGAAAGGUACAUCUGGGGAACAUGAAAGCAUCAAGUCGAGAGUAUAUGGGAUACCUCGAUAUUCAAACGCCAGGCCAAGUUCGGAACUCUAGCCAAGAUCUUCACUGCACCCCCAAUUCCCGAUCCCCGGCCGAGAAUGGCGCCGCCCAACCCGCCCCCGGGCGGGCCGCCGCCUAAGGGCCUGAACGUCAUCGCGCUGGUCUCGGGGGGCAAGGACAGCUUCUUCUCGCUCCUGCACUGCCGCGCCAACGGCCACCGCGUCGUGGCCCUGGCCAAUCUCUACCCGCAAACAACGCCAUCCGGCAACUCCCCGGACGCCCUCAGCACGGCCGUGCUCCCGGGAAGCCAGCCCUCCGGGCCGAGCACGCCGCAUGCCCUGUCGCAGGGAUGGGAGGAGGAACAGCAGGAGGAGGAGGCCGACCUCAACAGCUUCAUGUAUCAGACCGUCGGGCACCAGGUCAUACCCCUCUACGCCGACGCCACCAGCAUCCCCCUGUACCGCCACCCCAUCACGGGGUCCGCAGCCCAGAGCGGGAAGGACUACUCGCACGCCGGUGUGCACCCGUCUGCCAACCCCAGAGGCGGCGGCUGGGAGGCCGCCUCACACGAAGACCGCCCAGGAGACGAGACCGAGGCCAUGCUCCCCCUCCUCCGCGCCGUCAUGGCCGCCCACCCCGAAGCCAACGCCCUCGCCGCCGGCGCAAUCCUGAGCACAUACCAGCGCACGCGCGUCGAGUCCGUCGCCUCCCGCCUAGGCCUGGUUCCGCUCGCGUACCUGUGGAAGUACCCCUCCCUGCCUCUGCCCCCUUCCUCCGCCUCCGACGACGGAGCAGCCGAAGACGAAGAGGACGGCUCCCAGCUCCUGGCCGACAUGGCAGGCGCGGGCCUGGAGGCCCGCGUCGUCAAGGUCGCCAGCGGCGGGCUGGACGAGUCGUUCCUGUGGGAGGACGUGGCCGGGCCCGAGGGGAGAGCGCGCGUGCGCCGGGCGAUGAGGCGGUUCGGGUCCGAGGGGGCCGUGCUGGGGGAGGGGGGCGAGUUCGAGACGCUCGUUGUGGAUGGGCCGGGGGACCUGUUCAGGAGGAGGAUUGUUAUUCCUGAGGCAGGUAGGCGCGUUGUCAGGGAGGGGGGAGGGAGUGCUUGGCUUAGCAUACGGGGGGCGCGGGUCGAGGAGAAGGUGCCUGGGGGGCCGGGGGGGAGUGGCUCGGCCGGUGGUCGGGUUAGGAUACCGGGGUUGCUCGAUGCGAGGUUUGUCGCUUUGCUGGAGGGGCUGACCGCCGGGGGAGGUUACGGCGGCGGUGACGACGUCUCUGGCUCAGGUGUUCAGGGGGGAGAUGAUCUUCCCUUGGGGCUGCUUCAGCACACGUCGCAGUUGAAAAUGCGGCAGUGGUGCGUAGUCGGGGACUUGGAUUGCCGGUCCUCCAUCGAAGCCGAAACCUCCUCUUUAGUCGAGGCUGUCAGGACACAACUGGGCAAGUCCUCGCUCCCUCCCACAUCCAUUAUCAACACGGUUAUAAUCCUGAGGCACGUGUCCGACUUCCCAACAGUCAACAAGAUCUACGGCUCCCUAUUCUUUGAGCCAAACCCCCCUUCGAGGGUGACCAUAUCGAGCGGGGAUCUCCUCCCCGCGACCUGCAACAUCGCCCUCUACCUGUCAGUCCACCACGACCUCGCCCCCGGCGACAGGCAGGGCCUCCACGUCCAGUCGAGGUCGUACUGGGCGCCCGCGAACAUCGGCCCGUACAGCCAGGCCAUCGUGUCCCCGCUCACGCCGGCCUACCGCGGCGGUGAGGAGUCAGACGCCCCGCCCCCCAGGCUGGUGCACGUCGCCGGCCAGAUCCCGCUCGUCCCGGCGACCAUGGACCUGCCGCGGGGGGCCCUGGACCUGCAGCUCGCGCUGUCCCUGCAGCAUCUGUGGCGGGUCGGCGCCGAGAUGGGCGUGCAGUGGUGGGCCAGUGCGGUGGCAUACCUCCCCCGCGCUGCCGCCUCCCCAGGAGCCGUAUCGACGAGGGAACGGGCAGCGCUGGCCGCGCAGGCCUGGACGGCGGCCCAUCGCUGGUCCGGCGCCGAUGCCGACGCCGAAGAUGAAUGGGGCGGUCCCGACCUUUGGGAUAGGAAGUACAACCCUCUCUACAUGUCUUUCGCCGGGGCCGAGAAACCGGAGCCGCACAGGCUACCGGACUGGUCCGUCCUGGAGGCAGAGGACCCGGAGGCGCGGCCGGUGCCGUUCUUCUUCGCCGCAGAGGUCCACGAGCUCCCCCGGCAGGCGGAGGUGGAGUGGCACGCCCACCUCGGCCUCGCCCGCCUGGCCGCCGAGAGCGUGCACCUGGUGUCCGCCUCCGCCUCCGGUCCAGACCCGCCCGCGAGGCUGCAAGCACAGCACGCCGUGGUAAAACUCCGCGGCGGCGCUAAAUUCUUCGUACAUAGCGUCAUCGCCCUGAGACACCCGCCGGUCCCGGCAGAAGAGAAGACGACCGUGCCCGCGCUGCUGGGCGAGCUGGGCGGCCUGCUACCUCGCUGGCCUGCCUCUCCGACGGGUGCAGACGCUAGUGUGUCUCCUCCCCCGGCCCCAACUUUGUUGUACACGGAUGUCGGCGCCGUCGCGCUGUCCGCGGACGACUUGGGUAGUUGUCCUGUCGUCCCCUGUGCGUCGCUCUGGGACGGUCAGGGGGAGAGACUGCUGGCUGUGGCUGUCUAUCAGACCAACUUCGAGAAGGCGUCAUGAGAUGCGUUUUACAAGGGGUCACGCGUCCGAUGCGUGGCAGUGAUGAAUAACAUGCUCUCUAUUUCAAUGAUCUUUUAAUGAUGAAGAACUCGAGUGAUGAUCCCGUCACAUAUUGGGUUGGCAAUCC